AAAUCUAGCGACUGUCGCUGUUUCUAAGAUAAAGCUUUAGUUGUGUAGCUGAUUUUUUCAGCGAUUCUUAAAUUCGAUAAUUGAAGUCGCAGCGACUGAAAAUUGAGAGAGAUGAAGAAGAGAGGGAGGAAAGUGAAGGCAAAAUUUUAGUCGUCAGCAGCUGUCGCUGCGACUUUCUCCCGAACAGGGCCUAUAAAGCUUUCAAACUUUAUAUUAUUUACUCUUUUUCUUUUGUUUCUUUUCUUUUCUUUUCGAGUCCUCUCAUACUUUUUUUUUUUAUUUUUGUGUUAAACUUUCUGGUUGUAUUAAAUUGACGUAAAGGGACGAUUACAUAAUGGAGAUAAAAGGAAAGUGCAUGCCAAACAAAGAUCAGACCUUUAGGGUAUCAGGCAGGGUAUAUACAUGCCAACCUUUUGAGUCUUAUAUUUUAUCUCCUCAAAUUUGCUGUCAAACCUUAAAAAUCUAAAUAUUAUCUUACUCAAUCAUCUCCAUGUUGUAAGAAUCUUGUUCUACUCGUAAUAAAUCCAACAAACACGUUGACUCUGCAAACCCCUCAUGUGCUUAUAUGUUCCGAGGCUACAUACGUUCUUUUUGAGCUCUCCGUAAAUAUUUGAAAAUGGCGGAUGCAUACAAGAACCAAACUCCUGAAAGACUUCAGGGGAAGUAUAAAGCAAUGGUUGUGUGCUGUAUUCCUGGAGUCGGAUCUCUCGUUUCUUGGAACAGUAUGCUCACUAUCGCAGAUUACUAUUACCAAAUUUUCCCGGAUUAUCAUCCUUCAAGGGUACUCACACUUGUAUAUCAACCAAUUGCGCUUGGAACAGUCAUGAUUUUCGCAUACCACGAAUCUAAAAUCAGUACUCGAAAACGUGUCCUGACCGGUUACAUCCUCUUCACAAUAUCCACAUUCUUGCUCAUAGUCUUGGAUUUGGCAACAAAAGGACACGGUGGAAUCGGAAAUUAUAUUGUUUUAUGCACAAUUGUUGCUUCUUUUGGCCUCGCUGAUACUACCGUUAAAGGAGGAUUGAUCGGUGAUCUAUCUUUGAUGUCCCCUGAACUCAUCCAGUCAUAUAUGGCUGGUUUGGGUAUGGCUGGUGUUCUAACCUCAGUGCUUAGGCUAAUAACUAAAGCUGCCUUUGAAAAAUCAAACAACCAUCUACGAAAAGGAGCAAUGAUAUUCUUAGCAAUCUCAACAUUCAUAGAAUUUCUCUGCGUGAUGUUAUAUGCUUAUGUGUUCCCAAAACUCCCAAUCGUUAAGUAUUACCGCACAAAAGCUGCUUCUGAAGGAUCGAAAACUGUAGCUGCUGAUCUUGCUGCUGCUGGUAUCCAAAAUCAAUCAGAUUUGAGUGAUGAUGACUCCAAGAAUCAAAGGCUAAGCAAGAAAGAGCUAUUGCUUCAAAACAUAGGCUAUGCAGUGAGUCUAUUCCUCAUCUACGUUUUGACAUUAUCCAUUUUUCCUGGAUUUUUAUACGAGAACACGGGACAACACGGCUUAGGUGUUUGGUACGCGCUUAUCCUAGUAGCCAUGUACAAUUUUUGGGAUUUGGUCGGGAGGUAUGUGCCGCUGGUGAAUUCGCUGAAGGUUGAGAAUAGAAAAGCUCUAACGAUUGCGGUUUUGUCCCGUUAUUUCCUCGUCCCGGCGUUCUACUUCACCGCAAAAUAUGGUGAUAAAGGAUGGAUGAUGAUGCUCGUUUCUGUUUUGGGAUUAACUACUGGACAUCUCACUCCUAAAGGAUACAAGGGUCCGGAGAAGAAUGCAUUAGGGAAUUUGCUGGUGGUUUUUAUACUAGGAGGAGCAGUUGUAGGAAUAUCUUUAGGCUGGUUAUGGCUUAUUGGCAAGAGAAAUGCAUUUUGAGUUCUCAUCAGCAAAUGAUUCACAACAUCCUUUUGGCGUAAUUAAUUUCGAGUAAACCCUGUUAUGGCUGGCUUAAAAUGAGAAGCUUUGAUGCCUCUAGCGUAACUGUGUAUUCAUGAAAAAAUAAAAAAGAAGAGAAUACUAACACGUAAAACUUUUAAAGACUUGAAUUGAAGUCUUAUUUCGAUGCUUCACCAAAUUGGCAAAUUGUAUUUGACUUGUCCAACCUUACGAGUUACUACUUUAGAUCCAUUUGACCAUCUCUCGUUUACUAUUG